AUCAACCUCAUCAUCACACUAAUCAUCAAUACCACCCUAUCUACCAUCAUCGUUCUCAUCGCCUUCUGACUUCCCCAACUUUACCUAUAUCUAGAAAAAUCCAGUCCAUAUGAAUGCGGCUUUGAUCCCCUAGGAUCGGCACGACUGCCUUUUUCAAUAAAAUUUUUCCUUGUUGCUAUUACAUUCCUCCUAUUCGAUCUCGAAAUUGCUCUCUUACUACCACUACCAUGAGCCAUCCAAUUAUCAGAGCCCAAUACAAUAUUAAUUCUAGCAUACUGUUUAAUCUUACUUUUAACAGCCGGCCUAGCCUACGAAUGACUACAAAAAGGCCUAGAAUGAGCCGAAUAG